AUGAAGCUUUUCAACUAUAUUUAUUUUGCUCUUUUGCUUUUUGGAACCCAGGUGACUGCUUAUAAUGAAGCAACAUAUAACUUUGUACAUGAGAUGAUUGACUAUUGUAGCGUAAGCUAUUGUAUUAAGGAUUUCGGGAACUUAUAUACUGAUAGUGGUCCAGCGCUCAAGGCAGGCCAAUUUCCUGAUGUGUGUCCAACAGUUAUAUUCUGUACAGAACACCCAAAUAUCGAAAUUGUUCAUGUUUACACAUCCGACAUAGCGAAACUACAAUUGAGUGGAACUGGCUACAUUGCAGUAGAUCAUACUAAGAAUUGA